GCCAAUCAGGGCGAGCCUUCCAAGAAGCAGAAAAAGCUGAAGUUGUGCUAUUUCCCCCCUCGACGAGUAACGUAUGUCUGCGUCAUGGAGACUACAUCGGUGUACAUGUGCUUCCCCUGCUACCAGGAGUUUGAUACUCUAGAAGAAGUCCUUCAGCACCAGUUGACAUGCACCGCCGAAGAGGAUCAGCCCAGCUCAUCUGGGGCGGAUGCUGCCCCUGCUGACGUCCCGGUGCUGCAGACUCAGCCGCAUGUAAUAAACAUCACCAAGGCAGUUGAGGUCCAACAGGGAGAAGCCUCAGAGAGCGCCGUCCCUCAGCUGGAAGCCCACUCGCUUUACCCCUCUGUGCAGAAUAUUAAGAAAGAGCUCGAGGAAGGCGCAGAAACUGAAAAGCAGUCAUCAGACCAGCCCAGAAUCCUUUACCAGUGCGGGGAUUGUGAUAAACUUUUCAAGAGCCUCCCAGAGUGGCAGCAGCAUCGCAAGAAGGGACCUGCGAGAACGCCGCCUCCAAGUCGGCGGCAGACCCCAACGCUGAGACGGAGAUCUCCCCUGGAUGAAAACCAGGCCGCCUCGGUUAAUCCGGAUGAUUCUUCUCCGCCACUCGGCAAAAGCAGCAACACCCUUACGCCCGGAGAGGAGGAGAUCCCCGAGGAGGAGACGGCCGAGGUGCCGGCUGCAGAGGCCUCCGCGUCUCAGACCUCCGACGGUCUCGCGGCUGAGGCGCCCGCUUCAGACGAUUCGUCUCCGAGGAGGAGAGGCAUCGCCAAGAAGCCGAAGCCUGAACCGGUCCUGCUGUGUGUCGACUGUGGCUCAUGCUUUGGCCUGGUGUCCGAGCUGGUGUCCCACCGCAAGACCCAGCACGGCUUUGAGGAAGCCCUGCACCGCUGCUCCGUUUGUGGGGAAAGCUUCCUGAACACCACGCUGUUCCUCUACCACCGCAAACAGCACCGGCAGAAGGGGGAGGAAACGGUGGCGGUGGUCCCUGAAGAGACACCGAAGGUUUACGCCCUGAACAACGGGAGCCAGAUGCAGGAGGCACUUUCCUCCUCCGACGACGCCGCCGCGGCGCCCGCCUUCACGCAGCCCGAGUUCUUCUUCUGCGCCCUGUGUGGGCAGAGCUUCGGAGACGGCAAAGGCCUCGCGACGCAUCGUAAGGAGAGCCACGGCAUCAGCGAGCCGCUGCACACCUGCCCCCACUGCGGGGAGGACUUCAUGAACACGACGCAGUUCCUGUACCACCGGCAGCAGCAUCGCCUCACUUCAGCGAACCAGAUGGCUCCCAGGGCCGAGACGAGCCAGAGAUCGGCCGACGUCAGCGGUGAGGAGGGCGCACAGAGCUCAAAGAGGCUGCUCUCCCCCUCGGCGGGCGACUCGGGUUCUCCCCCUCCUAAGAGGGGCCGCCCUUCGUUCAGGAUCCUGAGUGCUAAUGCACUCCAUGGGAACAAAGCCUCCAAAGAUGAGUCGGAGGGCAGCGCUGCAGCUGACACGAACAACACGAACCAACCUCCGCCUGCCAAGCUGCUGCAAGACUGGUCCAGAACGCCGCUGCCCCACGUUUGCCCUUACUGCGGCAAAACCUUCACCCGGCGCGUCUUCCUCCGCAGCCACGUCUACAGCCACACGGGCGAGAAGCUCUUCACGUGCAAGGUGUGCACAAAGUCGUUCACCAAUUCCCAGAGCCUGCUGCGACACAGCAUGAACCACACCGGCAGCAAGCCCUUCUGCUGCGACGUUUGUGGCAAAAGCUUCUCGCAGGCAACCACCCUGAAAAGACACCAACUCAUUCACACGUCAACGGAGCCUCCACGCAAGAGAGGACGCAAACCAGCGUGUAACGAGGACAUGGACGCAUCCGCCUCUCUCUUCGCUUGUCCGAACUGUCCCUCACACUUCAGCACCGAGGAACAGCUCAACGAUCACAGGUUGCUCCACACCAGCCACCCGUUCCCUUGCCCUGAGUGCGGGGAGCCCUUCAAACGCAGGAAAGACCUGGACCUUCACUCCCUCAUACAUCAAGACAAGCAGCCGGUGAGCUGCCCUCACUGCUCGUCGCAGUUCAUCAACCAGUCGGUGCUGGACAUCCACCUGCAGCGCUGCCCCGUCACGGAGGAGGAGAGGAACACCGGCCGUGGACGCGGACAAGGCCGCGGACGGUCCACCGGACAGGUCGAGUGCGACCUCUGCGGUCACCGCUGCAUGACCCAGGAGGGCCUGGACCUCCACCGUUUAUCCCACACGGGCCAGACGCCGCUCAAGUGCCCAGUGAGGCCCUGCCGGCGCCGGUUUACCUCCAACAGCGCGCUGGAGGAGCACGUGCUGGCCCAUUUCCAAGGGACGCUCUCCAAGUCCAAAAACCGACCGCGCUUCCGCUGCGACAUCUGCCUCAAGGAGUUUGCCUACAAUUCCACCUUCAGGGUUCACAUGAGGACACAUACUGAUGAGAGGCCCUUCGAGUGCGCCACCUGCGGCAAGCGCUUCCGCCAGCUGCCCCACCUGCAGGACCACGAGCGGAUCCACACCGGCCUGCGGCCCUUCUGCUGCUGGAUCUGCGGCAAGAGCUUCAGCGUGGCCGCCCGCCUCACAGAGCACGCCCGCACCCACAGCGGCGAGAAGCCCUACCCGUGUCCCCACUGCUCCGCCGCCUUCCGCUCCCGUCCCAACCUGGACAAGCACCUGCGGCAGCACAAGGACCUGCCCCCGGAGGCAGCCGAGCAGGUGGUGCACGCCGCCGAGGUCGCCCACGUGCAGAAGGUGCUGGAGGGGGCCAAGGCGCUGUCCACCCUGACCACCACCACGGAGCUGGACGCCGGCACCGUGCAGACCAUAUACGUGCUGCAGGAGAGCGAGGACGGCACGGAGACGGUGAUGAUCCCGUCGGACCAGCUCGGCGGCAUAGACGGGACCUCGCAGGUCGUCAUCCUGCCCUCGUCCGUCCUGGGGGGUCAGACCAUCACGGUUCCCACCAUCACCAUGGGGGAGAGCGAGAUCACCAUGGUGGAGACGAGCCAGUCGCCUCAGCACGCCAUCGAGUUCAUCGUGGAGGAGACGGUGUGAAGGCAACGUAGAAAACCACUGAGUUACUGCCUUCAGCUCAGUUAGAUUCCUGAUUGACUUUAAUUGACUUUCUGUCAUUUAUCGGCACGCCUCACAAGGAUGCGUAACUCUGCCUUUAGCGCGGCAGCAAAAAGUCCUGCUCUAAAAACCAACAAACCCUUUAUGUGCGUUUAUUUAGUGGAAAAUUUAAGUUCUCUUGACUUAUUCUAUCAGCACUGAGCAAACAGACGUUUCCUCUCGUCUCUUCAGUUCACCCAGCAGUUUUUUUUUUUAUAGGCUCUAGCUCCAUGGGUAAAGGUUUACCUUUGUUGUGUUGAUUUCAGUUCUCCUGUUUUUAAAGAAGUUAUGAACCCGUGAUUCCCUACGAGGUUCCUCUCAGGCCUCCACACAUUCGCGCUUCGUUUCACAGCAAAGCCACCCGGAGAGCUGGCUGCAGAAAUGCUCAGUCUCCUCCUUUUCUAACCAAAGCCUACGGUCGUAGGUGAAGUUGCAGCACACUUUAGUGUAUUUAUCUUUCUAAAGUUUGUUUUUUUUGUCUGGCAUCUCUCCCAAACAAAUGGUUGACAUGUAGGGACCUGGAGAGAGAUGCUGCGAACUUUCCAGCUUAAGCGGGAGGGAGGCAUAAAUUAAUGUAAACAGGUUUUUAGUUGUUAGUUUUUAAAAACCUCUUUUUUUUUUUCUCCCUAAAUAUAGUAAAUAAACAACAAAUUCAGGUGAAAUUCCAUGUGUGAGAUUUUGCUCCUGCAGUAAGACAGCAACUAAGAUGUCCUCCUCUGUUUAACACGGCCGCUGGAUGUCUGUAGCAAUGGAAACAGUACCGGGGGGGGGGGGUGGAUGAAUUGCGUUUGAAGUGAUUUAAAAAACGAAAUGUGAAAUUAGGUUUUUGAUUGUAAACUAAUGUGUUUGUACAGCCUGUCCUGCUGUAAAAAUGGUCUCAGCUUUCCCAAAAAUAAAAAGCCUCGACUCUCACA